AUGCCUUGGAUGACAGCGCGUUGCGUUUUUGGGUUGGAAGCAGCAGCUAGGGAUCCUAAGACUCCCCAGUAUUCGGGGAAAAGGGAGAAGAAGGGAGCUCCUUCACUGAACCCCUGCGCUGCGGAGAACAACGCGGUGCAUCGAGCAGCAGCAGCAGCUGCUGCAGCAGCUCCUGCAGCUGCUGCUGCGGCAGCUGCUGGCACGAACGCUGCGAUGAUUGCGAGUCAAACUGCACGUGCAGCAGCAGCAGCAGCAGCCUCGCUGCCGCGUCAAGUGCCAUGCAGUAGCAGAAGUGAAUGGCUGUCACCCCGUGUGAGGGCUCUAAGGGGUGAUCUUCAGGAACAACCCUGUCGCUGGCAUGCCUCGCAUUUGACGGGCUCAACAGCAGCAGCAGGUGCAUGCGCAGCACUGUCGAAAGGAGCCGGAGGCUUUUCUCCGCAGCAGCAGCCGCUACAGCUGGGCAGCCGAUGGAUUUUUACGGAUGCAGCGCCUUGGGCGAAGUCUGGCAUUCUUCAUAUGCAAGGACGAGGCCAUAAGUACCCCCUGUAUUUGGAUGCGCACCAGGCUGUGAUACCUCACCCUGCAAAGCGGCAGCGUGGAGGGGAAGAUGCAGCCUUCUGCAGCACUCGGUGUUUGGUAGUUGCCGAUGGUGUUGGCGGGUGGGAAUCGUCAGGAGUAGAUGCGGGUCUUUAUUCGAAGGAACUUGUGAAGAGGAUAGCUGCAGCGGUUGACGAAGGGGGAGAGGCUGCGGUGUAUCCUCUCAUUGCCAUGAAGAAGGCGUUCUUGGCCACCCACGCCGUUGGAUCUUGGCCGUCUAGCAAGACCAUCGUUGCGAGGAGUGAGUUUCAAUGCCACGCCUUCAACUUCCCGUUGCAGCUCGGCACCGGUAGCAAAGACCUUCCUGAGCAUUCUCAUCUUUUGACGGCUCCUACAGAACCCGGCGACAUUCUUUUUGUUGCAACUGACGGUUGCUGCUUUGUUCCUGCAGGCGUGUGGGACAACUUGUUUGAUGAACAAGUGCUAGAGCAGCUCGCUUCACAGCCGGAUCCCGCACGGGCAGCUAGCCGAAUCGCUCGCCUAUGCGCGAGGCUCUCUCAGAGCCCCAAGUGGGACAGCCCGUUCGCCACGAAGGAGCGCGAACUGCUGGGUGUGCUGCCAAGGCAUUCGGGGGGAAAACCCGACGACAUUUCCGUGGUCAUUGGCGUUGUACGCAGGAACAAGGGUGUGGCGGCUGCAGCCCCUUCCCCCUGCCGCUGCUGCUGCUCGGAGAGUGAAGCCGCUUGCAACACGGAGUUGCACUUUCACCGAAAUGUUCGGGGGCCUCGUCUGUGGCAUGUGCAGCCUCCCUUUAGAGCGGCAACUCCUGCGGCAGCAGCAGCCCCCUCAGCUCCCCCCAUAUCGGCCGCAGUAACACCCACGUUCAGGGUGACCCCGUGGAACGACUCGCAGCUGCGAAGGCUGCAGCAGACGGCAAGCGGUGUGGCAACGGAAUCCGGGGGCAGCAGCAGCUUGGACUGCACUGGGGUUGCUACAAAUAGCAGUACAAAUGCGACGACCACCCAUGAUGAAGGGAGCAGCAGCAACAGCAGUAGAGAUAGAAACACGACGGCCACCAAUGAUGAAGGGAGCAGCAGCAACAGUAGUGGAGAUACAAACACCACCACGACGAGUAGCAUCUAUGAAGACAUCCUGUCGUUUCCUUUAGUACUCCCGCGGGACGUGUAUACUGCCCGCUGUUCGGACGCCAUUGCAGCGGCACUAACUGAGGAGCUGUUGCAGCUGCAGCAGCAACUGCAGCCUCCGAAUGCUGCACAUUUGAACUCUCUAUCGAGUUUUUUGUUGCAGUUACAGCAAGUGUUGCGGCACCAGCAGCAGCUGCGGGGUGUCUCGGUUGCUGGUUUCGGGUCGUGCGUUUCGGGUGUAUGGACCGCUGCGGCAGACAUAGACUUGGCCUGCGACAUCAGCGUGAACAACUUGCUGGGAAUCAUUAACAGCCGCCUGGUUGGGGUGUACGUACACCUCGAGCCCCGUCUUCGCACGCUGUGCCUCUCCCUCAAGCACUGGGCGCGCAGCCGGUGCAUGAACAGCCGAGCAGAAGGCACCUUAUCUUCCUUUUCGCUCACCCUCAUGGCGAUUCGGUUCCUGCAGCUGCAGAAGCUGCUGCCGCUGCUUCAAGACCUGGCUCAGCAGGAGCAGCAACAGCAGGUGUACAUACAGGGCGUCGAUUGCCGCUUUUGCUGCGAUCCGCGCGUGCUGCAGCAGCAAAUGGAGCAGCUGUAUCUGGAGCACACCGAAGACCGAGCCGCUGCCGCUGCGCGGUUGCCGGGGCCGUCUGCAGGCGAGCUGCUGCUUCGCUUUUUCCGCUUUUACUCCCAGGAAUACAAAGGGGAGCCCAUCGCUAUCCGCUCGGUGCCCGCAAGCCCCAGCUGUACUUACACCAGCAGCAGCAGCUUUUUGCAUGUAGACAACCCCUUUGAAGUCGGCAAAGACGUCAGCAACGUGCAGAAGCACCAAGUGCCGAAAAUCCUAUUUGAAUUCAAGAGAGCUCACCGAAUGCUUGGCCAAGGCGCGCCCUUCGCCCGCGUCUGCGGCGGAUGA